GGAUACACAAUAACUUUAUAUCUCUAAGUUUCACAUAAAGUUUCGUCAUAAUUUCUAUAUGAAAAAAAAAAGGUCUUGAAUGAAAUACUGAUAUCUUUGAAAAUCUUCAUUAAGUUUCAGAUCUAUUUUUUUUGAAGUAUCUUUUUUAAAACAAAAAGCGAACCAUUCUACAAAAAGUGUAGGUGUGUUCUACUUAACACGUGAAUUACCAAUAAUAUCUGUAUAGUCAUACGGGUGCUGGUUUCUGAGGGGUGUGGUUCUUGUAGGUUCUCACGGUAAAUACCUUUUUGAAGUAUACUUUCUGCAUAUCAAGCACACACGCAUUUAGUUUAUUUAGUGUUUAAUAAUAUAGACACAUCUAGCAGUUUUUCACCGAUUUGAUUUAUUUUACGCCCAACGUAGCUUGUUCUAGGUUGUGCUGAUUUGGUGAGUAAUAUUAGUCACACAUUUUUGAAGCUGGUGUUAGAGUUAAGUAUACAGAAAAGGAAUAGAUUUACUCAUUUUGCCCUACUAUCAUCGUACCCUCUGAAAUACUUCUUCAUUCGAAAAGUCUUUUAAGACUAAAGUGUCAUUGCUAUUUGCUAACCAGUAGGUUUCGGUUGAAAUACACUUUCACUAUUAAAAUACCACAGUCUCUCCCCCCUCCCCCUUUAGUAGUUAAGAGGGAAACAAGCGUACUUUUGCUCAUGUAAUAUGCAAAAAUACACCUAUAUGACCUCUCUGGUUACUAAUUCACAAGAGGGUUCCUCAUCCACAACAGAAUCGGAUGGGCCCUCGGAUCAUGUGUGCGUGGACAUAUCAGCGAAAUUCUCGACCCACAACAGUAACUCCGAAGUCGGCAAAAUACAUGCGCCUAGUUCUUCAUCACCACAUGAUAAUAACAUUAAGGUGAGUAAUUCACAGGAAACGAGAAAGGGUAGUAGUGAGAUGCCCACCAAAAUUGACGAGAGCAAUGCUUCCACUGUACAUUCACCCCACUUAUCCGCAUCACAAAAAGCAGGUUUGACACGAACAGUACUUUCUAAGGCCCUAUGCACGAUUAACAAGGCAAAAAAAAAAAGAAUACGCCUUCCUCACAGUCCAGGCCUCUCUACAGGCCACGCCGCGCGACGACGAAGGAUAGCCCAUGUGGUGAUCCUCUGA